AUGUUAAAAUUCCAAACCUUCGUUUUAGUUACUGCUGCCAUGUUCUUAGUUCUUUUUUGGACUGCUUCAGCCCAAAAAGUCCCAUGUUACGUAUCUAAUCCCGGAGGUAAAAUUAACGUUUUUACACCAAGCGCAGGAACUUAUUCUAAAACUUCACAUCAAGUUGUUGCCUGGAGUACUAACGGUCCACUUAACAACAGUCAAACUGUUAAGGUCUGUAUUGGCAAUAAAGGAGAUUUUGGAUGCGACGAUCCUUGUUUUAAACUCAUCGCCGAAAGCGUCCCAUUCAGAUAUGGCAUUUCUCCUCCUUUCCCAGCCAAUUUCGAAGGAAAUGGGCUCUUCGGUUAUUUCGGUUUUGUGCAAAGUAACGAUGAUCCAAAAAUUUGGGGUGCUGGGCCGCUGUUCAAAGUUGCGGCGUCGUAA